UUUUGUAUACAUCUAUUGAUCCAUAUAUGCAUAUCAAACUUCAUAAAAUGAAAUAAUAUCGACAUGCUUACGUCAUGGUGUGAAACGGAACAGUGUGUUUCUAGUCGCCAUGAUCCAUUAUCUACAGUCUUUGAGUCCAAAUUGGCAUAAUGUUUGAGAUGAAACUAAGGGAAAUUAUCACAAAUAUCCAAUCACAUAUAUGGUGCUGUCUCCAUUGUGCAGCAAUGCCUAUCUCUCUCUUGAAAUGGUGGUGGGGAUUCUAGCAACUAGCAUUUCUCACACAAGAACUAUAUAAGGUUGAUUCCAAGCCUCCGGUUCUUGAAAAACUGAAAAAUGACUAGGUUGUCUCUUGUAAUACUCAAGCUGCUGCUGAUAUUCAUAUUUGCCGGUUGGGUGUCGCUAUGGGUUCUCAAGCCAACUGAGUUCUGGACGAGGAAAUGGAAGGGCGUGGAGGCGAAAGCAUCAACCACCGCGUUUGGCUAUAACGGUCUUGAUUUUAUUGUCUUUACAUUUCCUCUAAUCGUUCUGUCUAUAAUCGGGUUCAUCUACUUGGAACUGAGACGAGGCGAACCAAGAAACAGACUAGGAAGCAAAACUCCACUCACUGCUCUCUCUAGUCCACUUUUAGUGAAUCGAUACAUAGGUAUUUUAUCGGGAGCACAGAUUCUAACCUCGGCUCUGUUCAUCAUGCUCAUUGUCUGGACUUUCUACGUUCGUAUCUCUAAUGACCUUAUGAAGAUGACGCCACUCAAAUCGUUCAAACUUAGCCCAUGGCAAUAUAAGCUCUUCAGAAUGGCGACGCGCUGUGGCUUGUUAUCAGAAGCCUGCCUUGCUCUGCUGCUUCUUCCCGUGCUUCGAGGAAUGUCCAUAUUCCGGUUUCUUGGUAUCCAAUUCGAGGCUUCGAUCAAGUACCAUGUCUGGCUUGGUUCUGCAAUGAUACUCUUCGCCACUUUACAUGGCGGAGGCACCCUCUUUGUCUGGGGAAUCAAGCACAGAAUCCAAGAUGAGAUGUGGAAGUGGCAGAAAAAAGGGCGUAUAUACCUUGCUGGAGAAAUUGCUCUCACAACGGCUUUUGUUAUGGCUCUAACAGCACUUCCACAAAUUAGAAGAAAAUGGUUUCAAGUUUUUUACUACACUCAUCACCUCUAUGUAGUCUUCAUUCUAUUCUUCCUCUUCCACGGUGGAGACCGCCACUUCUACACAGUGUUCCCCGGAGUCUUCCUCUUUGCCCUGGAUAAGCUCCUCCGUGUAGUGCAGUCAAGGCCAGAGACGUGCAUUCUCUCUGCUCGAGUGUUUCCCUGCAAAGCAAUAGAACUCACAUUGCCAAAGGAUCCUAGGUUGAAAUAUGCACCAACCAGUGUCGUCUUCCUCAAUAUACCGAGCAUUUCCAAGCUGCAAUGGCAUCCGUUCAGCAUAACCUCUAGCUCAAGCGUAGAUGAGCACAGCAUCUCAGUUAUCGUAAAGAGCGAGGGGCGAUGGACUAGUUCCCUCCACAGCAAGAUAACUCAUGCUGAAGAACAAGAUUCAGAAGCAGAUCAAAGGGGAUGCAUCCCAGUUGCAGUCGAAGGUCCAUACGGACCUGCAACCAUGGAGUUGUUAAGGUACAAUAACUUACUUUUGGUUGCUGGAGGGAUUGGGGUGACACCGUUUCUCAGCAUCCUUCGCGAAUUAAGCUGCAGCUCGAGCAGCGGCAGAAAUGCAUAUCCAGAUAGAAUAAAUCUCAUAUACACUAUAAAGAAGUCACAAGAUGUAUGCUUACUGGAUCCAAUACUCCCACUGCUGCUAGAUAUCAAACAAUUUCACACAAAACUCAAUGUAUUCGUCACUAGGGAAAACCAAAUUGGCACGACACUAAGAGACGUGCUCAACGACAUUCCUGAAGCACAAACAAUGAAUUUUAGCACUGCAGGCACCACUUAUGCAGUACAUGGACCUGAAAGAUUAGCAUGGAUGGCUGCUGUCAUAGCCCUUUCUUCAGUCAUGUUUCUCAUCUCCCUUGUUGUUUUCAACCAUUUUGUUAUAACACCGGCAGCAGUUCAGAAGAAUCCCCCAUCACAAACUGAUCUCCUCCUUGUUUGCUCCUUUGCCAUAGCAAUCAUAUUCGCGGCUAUAAUGGCCAUCGCCCUACGGUGGAACAGGGUAACGAACAAGCUACUGUUAUUCUCCGAUAAGCAAACCAAAGCUAUGAAACAGAGCUCACUUGAAGCUAGUAGAGAUCUUGAUGAACAUGAUAUUCAUUUCGGAGGAAGACCAAUCUUUCAAGAUUUAAUCUCAAGUUUUGCUAGAGAAACUGGUGGAUCGGAUAUAGGAGUUUUCGUCUGUGGCCCUCAAGGGAUGAAAGAAUCUAUUGCCUUAGCUUGCAGACAACCCCGGGUCUCACAGAGGAAUGCUAAGGGAAAGAGGGCAAACUUCAGAUUUCACUCACUCAGUUUUACACUUUAGUUUGCACAAUAACUGCAAAAAUUAAUUUGACGCCAUGUAUUGUAACACAUAGUCUAUAAUAACUAAUAAGAGUGCAAUAAGAUAGUCUAUAAGGAAAUGUAAGCACUUUGUUCAUAAAUGGAAAAAUCCUAUCUAUAUGAUACAA